AUGGACUUUACCGACGAUCAGCCUCUUUGGGGCACUGGUUCUGACGACGACGGCGAGGAUGAGUAUCUUCCAUUUGGAGCGGGGAUGAGAAACAUGAACCAGAGUCCAGUAGUUCUGGCCCUUCCGUCCUGCCAUCCAUCCUUCCAGCCGCCGCCCGCUCGGCCUUUCCACCCCGCUUCGCCCGCCUUCCAGCGCCCUGCCCCUUCUUUUCCUCGCUCUCAGAACACGACCGAGCUCCCUACCGGUCGACAUCAGCGUGCAUAUCUCUCUGACCGGCCAGAUGCACCCGAAUACAACUCGCGCUCGCGUGAGAUGAGCUUUGCAUCUGCCAAUACCUUGCAAAGAGCGAAACCAGGAGUGAAGGCGCAGAAAAGUGAGGACUUUGGAGAUGAGAUCUGGGAUGAUGACGAUUUCGUGCAAGCCGCAAAUCAAAGUCUUCAGUAUGAAGCCGACGCUGUAUACGAUGAUGAUGAGCCGGUCGCCACUGCGGAUGUCGUCAAGAAUAGAGAGUCCAUGAAGAAGAAUGUUGCCCCUAACAAGCGUGGGAAAUCUCUGGUGCCUAUCUCAAGACUGCCUAUGGACGAGAGGAAGCUGUUCAAGUUUCCCGCGUUCAACGACGUUCAAAGUUAUGUUUUCGAUGAUACAUACUCCAGCGACGAGAACCUUGUCGUAUCAGCCCCGACUGGCUCUGGAAAGACGACCAUAUUCGAACUGGCUUUCCUACACUGCCUCUCGUACAAGACCCCGGACGAUUCGAUUAAACCACUCGCCAUCUAUAUCGCCCCAACAAAAGCUCUCUGUAAUGAGAAGGCUAAAGAUUGGCAAGAACGAAUGGGUGUGGCUUUACCAGAUGUGAUUUGUGUCGAGAUCACCGGGGAUUACGGUAAUGCCUCAACAAUCUACAACUCUAUUCGAGGAGCCGAUUUGAUCGUUACUACCCCCGAGAAGUUUGACUCCAUGACUCGUCGCUCCCGAAACAUGGAAAACAUGGCUCAUCGGCUGAGGCUGAUCAUGAUCGAUGAAGUCCACAUUCUUCGAGAAAGCCGAGGAGCCACACUCGAAGUCGUGAUCUCUCGCAUGAAAGGUCUCGGCAAAGGUAUCCGAUUUGUCGCUCUGAGCGCGACUGUACCGAACAUCGACGAUAUCGCCAGGUGGCUCGGUCCCGCUAGAUAUGAGUACGGUCAGCUCUCACGAGGUGUGAUUAUCGGCAAGGACUUGGAUAAGAAGAAGACGCAAGGGGAGACGAAUGUGGACGACAUGCCUAUGGCGAAGGUGUACAAGUUUGGGGAGGAGUUCCGACCAGUCCCGCUCUCAAGAGAGACUUAUGGAAUCGACAGCGGCGGCAACGACUGGGCAUUGGCAAGCAGAAUGGACAAAGAGCUGUUCCCGAUUCUUCUCAAACACGCAGCAGGGCAACCCGUCCUCGUCUUCUGUCCUACCCGAAAGUCCUGUCAAGCUACGGCCGAUCUCAUAUUCUCGAUGUAUGAAGAGUCACGAGCAAAGGGUCUCAAGCUCCCAUGGCAACAUCCACCCGGGGUAAGACUCGACCUUCAAGACAAGAGAAUCUCCGAGCUUUCGACGUGCGGUAUCGCGGUCCACCAUGCAGGUCUGGACUAUGGCGACAGGCGGGCCAUCGAAGACGGCUUCCGAGACGGCAAAUUGCACAUGAUCGCUUCCACCUCAACUCUUGCUGUGGGAGUCAACUUGCCCGCGCAUACGGUCGUCAUCAAGGGGGUCAUGGCUUGGCAAGGGCCGGCUACUGGCUUCAAGGAGUAUUCCGACAUCGAUAUACAGCAAAUGAUGGGCAGAGCAGGUAGACCCCAGUAUGACAAGUCGGGUGUGGUGGUGGUCAUGUGCGAGAGGUCAAAGGUCCGGAAGUAUGAGACGAUGUUACGGUCGCAGACGGUGCUUGAGAGCUGUUUGCAUGAGAAUCUUACAGAAUACAUCAACAGCGAGAUCGGCCUCGGAACGAUUACAUCCGUCUACUCUGCGCAGGAGUGGUAUAGCUCUUUCUUCCACAUUCGUAUCCAGCAGAAUCCCCGAUACUAUGCUCUCUCAAAUGCCAAAGACAAACCUGCCCACGAUUCGUGGGAAGAAUGGCUGGAUCACUAUGUCGAGGAAGCACUGCUGAACCUCGAAAGAGAUGGCUUCAUCGAGAGGUCCGAAGACGAUGGUUUGACUCCUACAGAGACGGGAAAGAUCAUGAGUGGAAGUAUGAUUUCCUAUGGAACUAUGUGCUCCAUCAAAGAGAUGUCUCCAAUGUCUACUUUGCAAGACCUGCUGGAAAUCCUUGCUGGGGCUACCGAAUUCGCAGACCUUCGUAUCAGACAAGGAGAAUCCAGUUUCUUGAACAAGCUUCGAGAUAAUCAGGAGAUACGCUUCCCUCUCGGGGAGAAGGUUCAAAAUUAUGCCGACAAAGUGUUUCUUAUGCUUCAGGUCACAUUCGGUAACAUCAUAUUGGAUGAUAUAGUCAAGAAGACAGAGAUAUCUCCCCCAAUUCAGACAUUGAUGGCCAUUUACAACCAUGCUCCCCGCAUUGCCAAAGCCAUCGUCCAGUUUGCUUUGAAUCGAGAGUAUGGGACGGCCGCCCGCUCAGCCUUGGAGCUCCAUAGGACCCUUUCCGGUAAGGCAUGGGAGGACUCGCCUACCAUAUUCCGACAGAUUCCUAGCAUCGGUCCAAAAUCCAUUUGUGUGUUGGGUCAAAACGGUAUCUCAACGUUUGAGGAACUCCUCGACGUCGGGACCGAAAAAAUUCAAUUGUGGCUCAACAGAAACAGCGAGUUCGCCCGCGGUAUACAUGAUCAAGCCCGCAGGAUGCCUCGGUUUCACGUCUCCAUUGAAGAGGAAGGAAUGAACUAUGAUGGCGCAUCAAACGUUCUCAAUCUUCGAAUCAACAUCCGCCCCAAAAGCAAGGUCCUGUCCACCGAAUCCAAAGGCAAACGAGGUGGUUUCAUUACGCUGUACAAUCUAUCAACUCUGUUCCUGCGACAAGAUGGCUCCUUCAUCGGCUAUCGACGUAUGGAGCUUCGCAAAUUGGACAACAAGGAUACCAGUUUUGUGCUGCCUGUGACCUUGGAUCGGCGCUGUGAGAAAGUUGUUGCAGUCGUUGCAGCAGUGGACGAAGUGGCCGGUUGUUGCACAAUGGAGGAGUAUGAGACCCAUCUCGACAGCUCGGUCUACCCAGAAGAUAUGGAAGAGCAAGACGAGGCGCUAGCUCAGAAUCCUUCUCAACGUACGUUGGUGGAACCGGACCCUGAGCCAGAGGAGCGUCUUCCCAAUGGAAACGUCCCUUGUCAUCACAACUGCAAAGAUAAACAAAGCUGCCAGCACAACUGCUGCAAAGUUGGGGUCCCCUCGAGGAAGAAGGACAAGGCUGCUGCCAAGGGAGCUGGAAAUGGGAACGUCAAGACUGAGACGGACAGGAUGAAAGAAACCCAGAAAACCAUCGAUGCCCUUCAAGGAGAUUCAAGACCUACGGCUGUUGCAAAAGCUGUUCAACGGGUACAACAAGAACGCUCUAUGAGCAGAUCGCCUUCUCCAAUCGCCAGCUCUCAGAAAGCUUCGCAGACCGCUCAACCUACCCCUCGAAACCGUACACAGUCUAUCAGCGGCUUAGGCAAGCCGAAGAACGCUAGUAACGCUCCCAACAAGCAAGCUCUGAAGCCGAGCACAGCGAUCAGCCGUGUCAGGGAAUCCAGGAUAGUUCGACGGUCAGAAUCCGUGGACGAGCAAGGAUCCAGAGUGAAGAGCACUGCACCCUUGGAUUCAGAAAUUGAAGAUACGUUGGAAUCCAAAGUGAAUCACGCUAGACACCAUCAAGAACCACUCUUCAUGGCACACUCUGAGGACGAAACUCCCGACACCUACAACCUCGACGACCUCGCCCCCUCCGACGAAGAAACCGAACCGGUGAAGUCGAGAUUCUUUGACAAAUCCAAGUCCGGCAAGUCCAGCAAGUCCAAAAAGCGUACUGCACCACCAGCCCGAGACAGAGGCUCCCACCUCCUUGCAAGUCAGCAGAACUCUCAAGUCUCUUUGGAGGACCCACCUCGAUCGCAGCGCCCAGCCCAACCGAUCGCAUCGAAGAAACGCAAGCACGAUGAAGACACGUGCGAGCUCAUGCCUACUCGGGGCAUCUUCUCCGAUGGAUAUGAGACACUGACCGACAGCCCGGAUUUCGGACCAAAGCCUCACAAGAAAUCGUCCGUUCACACGCAGCCUACGGCGAAAUCUCAGGCCGAAGCUCCUCUCACUCUCUCAAGCUCCCCUCACCCCGUACAAGAUUUCAAUGUCGACGAUCUGCUUCAGGAGUACGAAGAGGAAGAGGAAGAACCUCACCACAUGACGAGGAAACAGUCGCCUUUCAGGCAGAGCCGAACGGACGGGGAUUGGGAUUUGGACAUGAGAAAGAUGUCGAUUGAGUUGAACAGCAGACCCUGCACUCCUUUGACCAUGGGAGACGAUAGCAAAGAUGGUGGGAUACCAAGAGACGAGAUGCCAGUCUCCCGACCUACGGCUAUUGCGCAGCCAGUCAGACGGCUCGCUCCACUCAACAUCGGUGGCUUUGGACGGCCGGCAGCAAAGCGACUUCGUAUGAUGGAGCUCUCGAAUCAGCACAAAACACAACCGAACCUCUACGACGAAGUCAGUAUGGAGACUGUGGACACAGACAGGAGGGGCAGUGCCAUGAGGAACGGGAAUGUGGUUGAUCAGAGAGCUGUACUCGGACUGGAAGUUGACGUCCCCGUGGAUGAAAAUGAUGAAUUUGAAAAGUGGUGUACGGGGGGUAUCUGA